AUGUGGUAUGGUCUGGGAAAGACUCUAUCCGAGCAAGCAGCACUCGAGUUUGGGAAAGAAAGCGGCAUAGAUGUGAUCACAAUCGCUCCCAGAGAACUUCUCUCGUCCAGGGCCACCGCAAGCGCUGCCGAUAUUCUCCGGCUGCUCCAAGGAGCCAAGCAGUGGAUAGAUCACGCUGGAUACGUCCAUCUCGACGACGUUGCUGAAGCUCACCUCCUCGCCUACACAAAUCCCAAAGCCAGUGGAAGAUACGUUUGCUCUGCUAUCAACAUGAGUGCGAUCGAGCUCGCCAGCUUCAUGUCCAAGAGGUAUCCCAAGCACAAAAUCGCCUCUACCGACGAGAUCGAGGUCCGGUGGCCGGCAAAUUUCAAGGGAUUCAGCUCCAGAAAGCUUCAGGACGACCUUGGGAUCCAAUUCAAGUCGCUGUAG